AUGUACAAACUGGACCUCGCCCAACCUUGGAAUACGAGCAAUCCAAUAUGGGCCAAUAUUAAAAGUCAAAAUGAUCAUCGACCCCUUGCUCACUUUACUACUGCCGUUGUACAACACAAUACUGGAUUUAUCAUCCACGGUGGAGCAUUAAACAAUCGUGCUGAUCCAACCAGCCUUUACAGUAUUGAGAACAAUACAUGGAUCGCUCCUCGGCUUGACGGCCCUUCACCCAUACCGAGAAUACGACACACGGCAACAUCGGAUAACCAAGGCCGCAUUUGGAUAUGGGGAGGUGAAAGCAUUAGUGUCAAUGGCUCACUCUUGUAUGACGGCCAAUGGACAGUGAUUGAUACAAGUAUAUGGAGUUACAAUUAUCCAAACAUUGCCAACCCACCAUUUCCUCGUGUUGAUCAUACCGCAACCUUUACUCCUGAUGGUGAUAUCCUUAUCAUUGGUGGACUUUCUUAUACAAGGAAUGUCACUGAUCCACGUGGAAACCACAGCUUGAAUCCUGUUUCCAUGAGCUCCCUGCUUAAAUUUAAUGCAGCUACAAGCGAAUGGCAAAAUGUCACUGCUACUGGCAAUAUCCCUGCGCCAAGAAAUGGUCAUUCAGCCGUUCUUUGUGGGAAUCAUAUCGUUGUCUUUGGAGGGGGAACACAAGAUGAUGAUGGACAAUCCAAACUUUUGAAUGACAUUUUUAUUCUUGAAUUAUCAACCAUGAGGUGGUCAGCACCUUCAUCUACUGGGAUAUCACCUACGCCACGAAAAUACCAUCAUGCUCGGAUGGUGGAUGAAAAUAUGAUGCUUGUUGCUCUUGGAUACGGACCUGAACAUCAAGGAAGCAACGACAUUGAUUUGCUCGACAUGACAACAUGGACAUGGGUAUCCGAAUACGCUCCCAAUCUCCCUUGGCUUGAACAACAGCAGUCUGACAACAACACCUCCACAAACCAAAACGCACAAUAUCUCCCGCCAUCCACCACUGCAGCCUCUCCCGUAUCCACAAAAUUAAUAAGCAAUAGUGAGACUGAUAAUCCACAUCCUCCAAUUGCACCAACAGCUGGCACUGAUCAACGAGAUGACCAAGAAGAAAAGAAAUCGCAUAUGCAAGCUGGGGUUAUUGCUGGUGCUAUUAGUGCAGGCGUGGUAGCAAGCUGA